GUUCUCCUCUGUGGCAGAGCCCAUUCAGGCUGCUCUGUCCAGAGCGGCUAUCCCCUAGGAUGCCGAGCGGCACAGAUGUGGAGCCAGGGACGGAGGGCCCGAGCAGCCUGAAGAGGAGGGCAAGACUGGCUAUUCGGCCACGGCGGCGUCGCAGUGCCCCUGAUGCUGGCGACCGGCGCAACGCGCGGGAGAGGGACCGGGUGCGACUGGUCAACCUGGGCUUUGCCAACCUGCAGCGGCAUGUGCCCCAGCAUGGGGCAGGCAAGAGGAUGAGCAAAGUAGACACACUGCGGUCAGCGAGUGACUAUAUCCGGAGGUUGGAGCUGCUGCUGAGGGAGCCAGAAGCUGGAGACUCCCUGCCAUCUGUCACCUCAGCGCCAGUCAGUGUGUCACCCUCUGAGUCCUCCCCCUCUGACUCAUCCUCAUCCGACUCCCCCCUGUCCUCCUCCUACGCUUUGUGGGACUCCUCCCACCCUGAACGUGAUCUCGUGGCCUACAAGGAAUGGCUAAGGAUUGAGUGACCCAGGAAUUUUGAGUUAUUUGGUGCAAGGUUUGCUGAAAAGGGAACGGCUAGCCUGUUUUCUUCCUUCCUCAUCUUACUGUUUGCUGACAACACUCUCCUCUGCAUGGGGACUGUGCUCACAAAGGAUGGGAUUUUGAUAUCUCAAAACUAUCUCUGACUGGGAACUAUCAACGUCUCCGUUACUCUGUCUUCAUGUCUGAUAGGUUCAACUGGACGUUAUUUACGUUGGACGUAGCAUAAACGUAUAAGUUUUGUCUCGAUAAUUUGGGUGACUGGUCUUCAUCCUCACUGAACGGGAAGUGGGAGUGAAUACUGAGGGGCGCCUAGGACUAGCGAGGAUCAGAGGGCAAGGGCACAUUGCCAGGGCAAGCGUGCCUUUCCACUGAGACUACAAAGUGGGAGAAACACUCCUGUUCCACAGUGUUGAUAGGAAUGCUGUGCAGGUAUCAUGUUACAUAUACGGACCACUGAGGACAAGGAGUUUCCAUGGACUGAGGGCUACGUGCGUCUGUGAGACCCAUCCACAAAGGGACCAGCUCAGUCUGAGACUGUUAUCAUAUUGUCUGCCUCAGAGUGGCAGCUGACAGUUGCAUAUAGACCAGGACCAUGUUUGGAAGAGACACCAAUUCACAAAGAAAGUCUUUGCCAUUCGUUCAUACCUCACUGCACUUCAAAAUACUCCACUCAACAGAUAAAUGCAACAGCCAUUUCUGUGCAGCAAGGCUCCACAAGGGUGAUGCCCAGUGUUUUAGCACUGAUUGAGAGGUGGGGCAGGAGGCAGAAGGCAGGGUGAAUGCAGACCCCCAUUCAGGAUGGUCCCUGGAUUCUUCAUUAUCAGAACUAUUCCACUGUCCCUUCACACUGCCUCAUGGUCUGUUGCCGGGAGGUUCCACUGGCUCAAAAGAAGCAAACUCCAAAACUGAUCCCUGAGACUUGGACAGGCGAACAUUUGCACUAUAAUCCCAAGGGAGCGCGGCACUGUCAGAGGGACAGGGCUAAGGGAGUGUGCACUGUCGGAGGGUCAGUGCCGAGGCAGCGCCGCGCUGUCGGAGGGUCAGUGCCGAGGGGGCGCCGCGCUGUCGGAGGGUCAGUGCCGAGGGGGCGCCGCGCUGUCGGAGGGUCAGUGCCGAGGGAGCGCCGCGCUGUCGGAGGGUCAGUACUGAUGGAGUGCCGCGCUGUCGGAGGGUCAGUGCCGAGGGAGCGCUGCACUGU